AUGUUCACGUCAUUUGACUAUUCAAAAAGUAUUGUUUACAGAAGCCUUUGGGACGGAUUGCGUAAGAGAGCAAGAAUUUAUGAAAAUGAGAUAGAUUCAAAGCUAAUGACUUUUAACAAACUUACAGCAAGUGGUUCUUCUUUUGGAUCACAAACAAUGUCCUUGACAAAUAAAAAAGAUAAUUUUACUUUAAUUUGUAAUGAAAUUGAACAGUUAAUUCAAAAUCUUACUACAGUAAAUGAUGAGAUGGAUGUAUUGAUGUCAAAAGAUAUCUCAUUAACAAACAAUGCCGCUAUUACACAUACUUUACGACGUCAUCAUGAUAUUUUACGUGAUUAUUGUACAGAAUUUACCAGAUCAAAAAAUAAUAUCGAAUCACAAUUAAUGAGAGAAGAUUUAAUUGGAGGAAAUUGUACUAUUCAAAUUGAAGAGUCUAAUCUUAAUAAUAGAGGUAAUGGAAGGAAUACAGAUCUUUAUAUGAGAGAAAAUGAACGUAUAAAUUCUUGUGAUCGUUUAAUGGAUGAACAAUUAAGCCUUGCAAUGUCUGUAAAGGAAAAUUUGUAUGGACAAAAAAGUAUUUUAAUUAAUGCAAAGAGAAGUCUAAAGCAAAUGACACAAAAGUAUCCAAUGAUAAAUGAUAUUUUACAAAAGAUUAGAAUUAAAAAAAGGAAAGAUAAACUUAUAUUAGCUGGAGUUAUUAGUACUUGUAUCAUUUUAAUGUUUUUAUACACAAGGAAUUCAUAG